AUGGAAGCAAGCACAGAGCUCGAUCAGCUUUCGUACGAGUCAAAUCACAGCUUGCGGGAUCUUUUUUCAUUAUUUCUAUCUACGGAUCACUCAGCACGAAUCAUGAACUUGAUCGGUUCCUUUGGUCUUUACGUUUUCGUUUCAGUGUUGACAAUCGCCCAAAGUCAAGACACCGGGUUCCAGUUCCAAAAGCAUAAAAAGAUUGAUUGUCGAAUGUAUAGUAAGAAAUUACGCGACAUCAAGGUGAACACUACCUCCAAACCCUACAAACAGCACGUUGAUCUGCAACCCAUGCCAGGUUAUUGGUUCAAACCAGCGCAGGUUUACGUUGAUCGAUGCGGUGGCAUCUGUCGCUCUGGCACAUCCAGCCAGCAAAUAAGUAAACGGAUGAUUGAUGUUUAUGUUGAGGUUGGUUCUGUGUUCAACAACAACGGAGAGAACGGCAUGUGCGCUGUUGUGAAAGUCGAAGAACAUACCAAGUGCAGGUGUAUGUGUAAACAAGAGGAGAAGGACUGCAACAUGCGACAAAUGUACGAUAAGAAGACUUGCAAAUGUAUGUGCAAGGAAGAAAACGAGAAAAAAAUCGAAUGCAUGAGCCAACCAGGAAUGCGGUGGGAUGAAAAGAAUUGCCUUUGCAUGUGUGUAGAUAUGGGGAUGAGUUGUUCGACUGGAUCGAAGUAGAGCAAAGAGAAGUGCGAAUGUGUAAAAAACUAAUCCCAUACUCGGAGUCUCUCUGCGAAUCUACGACGCGGC